GGGGCAUCUCGGCGUCCCCUCUUUUUCCCUUUAAAGUAAAACACUUCCCGACGCACACCCCGUGCGUUUGGGGGAAGGGGCCGCGGCGGCGGGAGGGCGGUGCUGACGCGAGCCGCCUGCGGCGUCGCGCGGUCACGUGGGCGUGUUUGGGGGCGGGGCCGCGCGGCGGUUCCGGGCGGUUGGGCGCGCUAGCGAGAAGCUAAGGCAGCCGCGCCCGCCCGCCCGCCCCGCCCCGCCCCUGGAUGCCGCUGUGCCCCGGCGCGGCCGCCGCCGAUCGCAGCGCAGGAGCCGCCGCCGCCGCGGUUGAUGUGGUUGACCCGGGGCUGAGGAGGCCGCCAAGAUGCCGCAGUCCAAGUCCCGGAAGAUCGCGAUCCUGGGCUACCGGUCUGUGGGGAAAUCCUCGUUGACGAUUCAGUUUGUUGAAGGCCAAUUUGUUGACUCCUACGAUCCAACCAUAGAAAAUACUUUCACAAAAUUGAUCACAGUAAAUGGACAGGAGUAUCAUCUUCAACUUGUGGACACAGCUGGGCAGGAUGAAUAUUCCAUCUUUCCUCAGACAUACUCCAUAGAUAUUAAUGGCUAUAUUCUUGUGUAUUCUGUUACAUCAAUCAAAAGCUUUGAAGUGAUCAAAGUUAUCCAUGGCAAAUUGUUGGAUAUGGUGGGGAAAGUACAAAUACCUAUUAUGUUGGUUGGGAAUAAGAAAGACCUACAUAUGGAAAGGGUGAUCAGUUAUGAAGAAGGGAAAGCGUUAGCAGAGUCUUGGAACGCAGCGUUUUUGGAAUCAUCUGCUAAAGAAAAUCAGGCUGGUACAGAACUAAGUCCAGGCGUAGAAGAGAAACAAGAAUGAUUUGAAGUCACUUUGACUGCUGUUGAUGUUUUUAGAAGGAUAAUUUUGGAGGCAGAAAAAAUCGAUGGGGCCGCUUCACAAGGAAAGUCUUCCUGCUCGGUGAUGUGAUUCUCCUGCAGAACCGGGGACGCUGGGGCCCAGUCCCACCUGAGGAAGCCAACUGCCCGUCAUCCUUUACGAUAAACUGCUUCGUUUCUCUUCUGUUAACCUGAAAGAUUUCAUUUGGGGCAGAGAUUCUCCCUCACCCCCUCCUUUCAGAUUAUGUUCAACUCUGACUCUGUCCAAAUGAGUUCACUUCCAUUUUCAAAUUUUGAGCAAUCAUAUUUUCAAUUUAUAUAUUGUAUUUCUUAAUAAUAUUAUGACCAAGAAUUUUAUCGCAUUAAUUUUUCAGUGUAGUUUGUUGUUUAAAAUAAUGUAAUCAUUCAAAUGAUACAUAUUGUUACACUACUAUUAACUAGGCUUCAGUAUAUCAGUGUUUAUUUCAUUGUGUUAAAUGUAUACUUGUAAAUAAAAUAGCUGCAAACCUUAA